AUGGAAGAGAAGUACGCGGAUGAGCUGGUGGUCAUCGGGGUGCAUUCCGCGAAGUUCCCCAAUGAAAAGUACGCCGACAACGUGUUGAUGGCGGCGCAGCGGUAUGAGCUGAAGCACCCGAUCGUCAACGACGCGGAGUUCGAGGUCUGGCGGCAGUACGCAUGCCGGGCAUGGCCCACGCUGAUGUUCGUUGAUCCGGAGGGCAAGGUUAUCGGCAAGCACGAGGGCGAACUGCCCUACGAGGCUUUCGACGACCUGCUGGGAAGGAUGAUCGCCGAGUUCGACGAGAAGGGCAUGAUCGACCGCCGCGACCUGGGCUUCGCGCCGGAGGCGGUGGAGGAGUCGGCCCUGGCGUUUCCGGGCAAGGUGCUGGCAGACGGCCCCGGAAACCGGCUUUUCAUCGCCGACACCAACCACAAUCGUAUCGUGGUGACCGACCUUGACGGGCAGGCGCAGGCCGUCAUCGGUUCGGGCUCGGAAGACUUCGUCGACGGCGACUACGCCACGGCGGCUUUCAAUCAUCCCCAGGGAAUGGAACUUCUGGGCGACAUGCUGUACGUCGCCGACACGGAGAACCACGCCAUCCGCCGGGUUGACCUGGCAAGCGGAACCGUCGAUACCAUCGCCGGCACCGGUGAACAGGGAAACGACCGGAGGGCGCAGGGCCCCGGACGCGAGGUAGCCCUCAGCAGCCCGUGGGACCUGACGCACCACGCGGGAAUACUGUACAUCGCGAUGGCUGGGAUACACCAACUGUGGCGGUUGUCGCUGUCCGAUGGAGUGAUUUGUCCCCAUGCCGGUACCGGCGGCGAGAACAUCGAUAACGGACCGCUGGCCCAGGCUACGCUGGCCCAACCCAGCGGCAUCGUCGUGGGUAAGGACCGAGGUGAUAGCCCCAUCCUGUAUUUCGCCGAUUCGGAGACCAGUAGCGUGAGGAGCGCGGGGAUCGACCCGGCAACCGGUCGCGUGGCAACGCUCGUCGGGAUCGACCUGUUCGCCUUCGGAGACCGGGAUGGCGUGGAGCACCACGUCCGGCUGCAGCACCCCAUCGGCAUCGAAUGGCACCAGGGCGAGCUUUUCAUCGUCGAUACCUACAACCACAAGAUCAAGAGGAUUCUGCCGCUGACACGUUCAGUGCAAACGGUGCUGGGUUCGGGUGCGAUGGGUCUGCACGACGGGGAGAGCCGCCUGGCUACCUUCAGCGAGCCGAGCGGACUGAGUUUCGCCACGUUUGACGACGGCCGGGAACCCUUGUUGUUUAUCGCCGACACCAACAAUCACGCCAUACGCGUGGCGGAUCUGCAGGCUGGCGAGGUUCGAACGCUCGACAUCCACGGAUUGUGA